AUGGUUAGUGAAGUUAUUGUUCUAGGGCAUAAAAUCUCAGAAAAAGGGAUUGAAGUAGACAAAGCCAAGAUAGAGGCAACUGAAAAGCUACCGCCUCCAAAUUUAGUGAAGGAAGUUGAAGAAGGAAUUGACCAAUGGUUAGGAAAUAUCUCUAAGAGACAUGAGAUUCCAUUGAACAAUAUCCUUGAAGUGGAGAUUUUUUAUGUUUGGGGUUUGGAUUUCAUGGGAACUUUUCCAUCUUCUUAUUCUAACCAAUACAUUUUAGUAGCAAUGGAUUAUGUCUCUAAAUGGGUAGCGGCCGCUGCUUUUCCCAGCAAUGAUGCCAAGAAUGUGAUGAACUUCAUUAAAAAAUACAUCUUCACACGUCAUGGUACUCUUAGAGCAAUAAUCACGAACGAAGGUAAGCAUUUUUGUAAUAAGUACCUAGAUUCUCUUCUUUCAAAAUAUGGUGUUACUCAUCAUGUAGUUAUCCCAUACCAUCCACAAAUAAGUGGACAAGUAGAGGUAACAAAUAGGGAGAUCAAGAAAAUAUACCAUCCACAAAAUAGUGGUCAAGUGGAAAUUUCAAAUCGAGAACUUAAGUGGAUUUUAGAGAAAACUGUUAAUGCAUCUCAUAAAGAUUGGUCACUUAAAUUAGAUGAUGCACUUUGGGCAUAUCGAACGGCAUUUAAAACACCAAUUGGGAUGUCUCCAUACCAUUUGAUUUAG